CCCACCUGGAGAUGAAGCCUUCUGAAAGUGUUCUCUGCAUGUGGUGCCAGGCUGCCUCUCAAACCACAUGUCAAGUACCCUUGUGGCAGACUCCGUCGUAAGGCACGCUGCUUUUUGGAAUAUUUACCAAAGCACUUUGCUAAUGGAUUUUUAUGACUGUCUAUUGGUCCUCUUCAUUACCUGGUUCAUAUUUAUCAUGGAAGAGCAAAUAAUUCAGAAGCUUCGCUGGACAAUCUGCCACUUCUCCAAUGCCCUGAACCAGCUCUGCCUAAUCGCUGACCCUCUGCACUUUGUGCUGUUCCAGUUUGGCAAAUUUGUUAUCCAAAUGAGCAGGAUGACAUUUCAUCUCAACUUGUCUGUUGGUCACCUGCUGGCAUCCCUGAUUCUCUUGAAACUGGCAAGGGAGUCCACCCAGAUGGAUGAACAUUUUAAUGAAGCUCACCGCCAGAGGACUGAGGCACAAAACCAGCUGCGGCAGGUCUCCCUCCGACUACCCGGGGCAGCAGUCUGUCUUUUUGAGAUGCUGUAUCGACUGUGUGAGAUGGCAUCUCAGCUACUAGAGGUGGCACUCUCAGCUUGCUUUGCUUUGUUCUAUCUCUUAGAGAGUGCACUUUGUUUACUCAAGGCUUCUGUUCAUCACUGCCAAAAUAUUAUCAUUUCCUGGAGUGGAGCAUCGUCAGAACGUCGGUCAAAAAACCACCACGUCAACUGUCUGACUUCCAACAGCUUUGGGAUUUCACACAAUUUGUCUUCAGCUUCUGAAACUCUUUUUCAUGGAGAUCCAAACCCUUUGAAUAUACUAAACACUCCUGUCAAAUUGUAAAAACAAAAAUAACAAUACAAGAGAAAGAAA